UCACACAAUAAACACCAAACAAUAAACACCAAAGCUCUUAAGCAAUUAAAAAUGAAGUCAAUGAAUUUUUUCUUACUCUCCCUCGUUCUUCUGAGCAUCAACACCUUAAUCAAUGCUGGAUUAACCAGCAAAUACGUACGUCAAGCGCUACCAUCGAUUGAGAUGUCUCUUGAAACGUUUCCUUCACCUUCUGGUCAUAAUGUUCCUGAACAGGUUCAUCUAACGCAAGGAGACCAUGACGGACGUGCCAUGAUCGUCUCGUGGGUGACACCGUUAAACCUAGCUGGUUCCAACGUCGUUACUUACUGGAUCGCCAGUAACAACAGCGACGUGAAGCCUGCGAAGAAGAAAUCUCAUGGUUCAACGUCCUCUUACAGAUACUAUGACUACGUUUCUGGUUUUCUUCACCACGCCACCAUUAAAGGACUCGAGUAUGAUACUAAGUACAUCUAUGAGGUUGGUACCCAUAAAUCCGUUAGACAGUUUCACUUUACGACUCCUCCAAUGGUUGGACCUGAUGUUCCCUACACAUUCGGGAUUAUUGGUGAUCUUGGACAAACCUAUGCUUCAAACGAGACAUUGUACCAUUACAUGUCGAACCCUAAAGGCCAAGCAGUUCUCUUUGCCGGACACUUGUCUUACGCAGACGACCAUCCAAACCAUGACCAGAGAAAGUGGGAUACAUGGGGAAGAUUCAUGGAGCCUUGCGCUGCUUACCAGCCAUUUAUCUAUGCCGCUGGGAAUCACGAGAUAGAUUUCGCUCCGGAGAUUGAUGAGACUCACCCCUUCAAGCCUUACAUGCACCGUUACACUAACUCCUACAAAGCCUCAGGGAGCAUAUCUCCACUUUGGUACUCAGUCAGACGUGGCCCUGCUCACAUCAUCGUCCUUUCCUCUUACUCUGCCUAUGGCAAAUACACACCACAAUACUUGUGGCUGGAGCAAGAGCUGAAGAACGUGAACAGAGAGGAGACUCCGUGGUUGAUUGUCAUGGUUCAUUCGCCGUGGUACAACAGCAACAACUACCAUUACAUGGAAGGUGAGAGCAUGAGGAUUAUGUUUGAGUCGUGGCUUGUUAACAGCAAAGUUGACUUGGUCUUGGCUGGUCAUGUCCAUGCCUAUGAGAGAUCCGAACGUUUCUCCAAUAUUAAGUACAACAUCACCAAUGGCUUUUGUACUCCUGUGAAAGAUCUUACUGCUCCAAUGUACAUCACUAUUGGAGAUGGAGGAAACAUUGAAGGAAUCGCAAACAGCUACACUGACCCACAACCAAGCUACUCAGCGUAUAGAGAGGCUAGUUUCGGUCACGCUCUCUUGGAGAUUAAGAACAAGACCCAUGCGCUUUACACUUGGCAUAGGAACCAAGACAAUGAGCCCGUCGCAGCUGAUUCUGUCACGUUGUAUAACCGAUACAAUUUACAGACCGAUGAGUAGUUUGAAUGUCUAAGUUCUUGUUUUUUUGUUAUUUGAUUUAGGAUUUUAUUUGUUUUCUCUGAUUUUCUGUUUCGAUUUGUUUUUUCAUCAGAUUUAAUAAGAUUGCGUUAGAUUUUCUCCAA